AUGUCUGGAGAGGGGUUGCAUAACGGCCACAACGGCACUGACAAGUUGCCGGUCGCCGAGACCCAGCAGGACUGGAAUGCCUUCGAUUUUGGUGAUGCAUCCGAGCCCAUUGCCAUCAUUGGUCUUGCAACACGCUUUCCACAAGAUGCAUCGACAACAGAAAACUUUUGGGACUUCCUCAUUAAGGGUAGAUCUGCGUGGAGCGAUUUCCCUGAAGAUCGUAUCAACAGUAAAGGGCACUACCACCCAAAUCCAGACCAUGGAGGAACAUUUGCAGUGAAAGGUGGCCACUUUUUGGCCAAGGACCCUGCAUAUUUCGAUGCCCCCUUCUUCAGCACCACAAAGACGGAGGUCUUGACAAUGGACGUCCAACAGAGAGUACUUCUUGAGAAUGUCUAUCACGCACUGGAGAAUGCUGGCAUUUCACUUCCAGAAGCAAGCAAUUCCAACACCUCAGUCUUCGUCUCCGGGUUCAACCAUGAGCAUCUGCUUCUACUAAGCUCAGACCCGGAAUUGACAACAAAAUAUAAGCCAACUGGCACCAGUAACUCGUUGCUGGCUGGCCGUGUAUCGUGGUUUUAUAACUUUGUCGGUCCCAGUGUGACCAUCGAUACUGCUUGCUCGAGCAGUAUGGUGGCCAUGCACUUGGCCUGUCAAAGUCUUCUCAACGGGGAGAGUAACAUGGGAAUUGUCAGUGGUGUGACGAUUUUCUAUACGCCUGGGGAAGUGGUCGGCAUGUCACAUCACGGCUUCCUUGGCAAGGAUGGCCGCUCCUACAGCUUCGACCAUCGUGCUGAAGGCUACGGUCGGGGCGAGGGCGUGGGCACAGUCAUCGUAAAGCGUCUUCGUGAUGCUUUACGAGAUGGAGAUACGAUCCGAGCCGUGGUAAGAGGCACUGGCGUGAACCAAGACGGGCGUACGGCAGGUGUGUCUCUCCCUAGCGCUCAGGCUCAGGAGGCAUUGAUGAAAACCGUCUAUGCAAAUGCAGGGCUUGACCCCAAAGACACACGUAUAGUGGAAUCUCACGGUACCGGUACCGGUGCUGGUGAUCCGCUGGAGGCAAGUGCCCUCGCCAAGGUAUUCUCACCCGGGAGGAGUGAGGAGGAUCCUUUGUACGUUUGUGCCCUGAAGUCUGCAAUUGGGCACACCGAAGGCGCAGCAGGGGUCGCUGGACUUAUCAAGGGCGUUCUUGUUCUUGAGAAUGGAAUUCUAUCCCCCAACAAAAACUUUGAGAAGCCCAAUCCACGAAUACCAGUGAAGAAAUGGAACAUCAAGUUCCCACUGGAAACAAUGCCAUGGCCCACAGAGGGAAUACGGCGUAUUAGUCUGAACUCCUUUGGUGUGGGAGGCACCAACUCUCAUGCCAUCUUGGACGAUGCCUAUCAUUAUUUGAAAGAUCGGGGCAUUGUCGCGCCGCAUAACACAGUAUCUGAGAAACCGUCUCCCGAAAAAGUGUCUGAGCUUGUGCAUACACUUGAAGCUCUUGAAGCUGCCCAGAACACCAGCCAGGAUCAUGAUUCAAAUCCUACAAAUGGCGAGGAAAGCGUGGAGAAAGUCCUGCCUGGCACCAACAGGUCAAAUGGAGCCAAUGGAACAAAUGGCACCAAGACUGGCAGUGAAAUUCCGAAAAUCUUCCCGUUGUCUUCAUUCGACGAGGGUGGUGUAGAACGAAACGCAAAGGCUUUAGCAACCCAUCUCUCAGAACUUCAAUCGAGAGGGACACUCCACGCUUCCCAGAGUACACAAUAUCUUAACCGACUAGCGUACACACUGUCAUCUAAAAGGGGCACUUUCCCAUGGAGGAGUUUCGCUAUCGGCUCAGACCCAAAGAGUCUCAUAGAGAGCCUUGAAGGGGAGCUCAAUCCUAUACGAGUUCGAGGAGCCACCAAGAUUGGUUUCAUAUUCACAGGUCAAGGAAGCCAAUGGUUCGCUAUGGGUCGAGAACUCCUCGCGUAUCUUUCAUUCAAGCAAAAUCUCGAGGAAGCGACAGCAUACUUCCAGUCGCUGGGCGCAGAAUGGUCGCUUAUCGAGGAGCUCUCCCGAGACAAGGCUGCCUCUAGAGUCAAUGAACCUUGGUUAUCACACCCCGCAUGCGUCUCCUUGCAAAUGGCAGUUACUGAUCUGCUUCGGAGCUGGGGUAUUGUCCCCAGUCGUGUGGUAGGACACUCUUCCGGUGAGAUUGCGGCCGCAUAUGCUGCCAAUCGACUUGGCCGUGAAGCAGCCUGGAAGACGGCCUACUUCAGAGGCUACGUUUCCGCAAAGAAGCUUGAUGUCAAAGGAGCCAUGAUGGCUGUAGGCUUGUCCCGCGAUAAGUUACAGCCUUACAUUGACCAGGUCAAUCAAGCAUUGGACGGUGAACUGGUGAUCGCCUGCUUGAACAGCCCUGCCAACCAGACUGUCUCAGGUGAUGAGGCUAAGAUCGACGAGUUGAAAGAGAUCCUUGAUUCGGUUGGCGAUAUCUUUGCACGUAAACUUAACGUGAUGAAUGCCUACCAUUCCGCUCACAUGAAACUGGUUGCAGAUGAAUAUCUCGCUAGUUUGGGCGAUUUGAGUUCCGAGGGUGUUGAAGAUACUUCCAUUGAGAUCUACUCUAGUGUGACUGGUGAGCGCGUCAGUGAGCAACAUCUCGGCGCUUCUUACUGGGUCGAGAACAUGGUUUCUCCCGUUCGCUUCCACGAAGCAGUGACUGCGAUGUGCUUCAGUCGUGUUAAGACCGGUCGGGCUGCUCUAAAACUCAACACCAACGCUGAGAAUAUCUUCGUUGAUACUUUGUUCGAGGUCGGCCCUCAUGGGGCUAUGCGCAGCUCCGUAAAGGAGACUUUAGCUAGCCGCGUGAGCGCCUCUCAUUACAAGUAUCUCCCCGUUCUGGACCGAAGCAAUCCAGGCUUGACCACUAUCCUCAAAGCAGUAGGCUUUGCUGCAUCGCAGGGCCUCAAGGUCGAUCUUGAAGCUGUGAACCGGCAAGAAGCAGGUCCUAGGCCCGAAAUGCUUGUCGAUCUCCCUCCAUACUCCUUCAACCAUACUGACCGCAACAUGUUCGAGAGUCGUCUGAGCAAAAACUACCGGCUGCGAAAACAUAACCGUCUUGACCUUCUCGGUGCCCCAGUUCCUGAUUGGAAUGAUGAGUUCCCGCGUUGGAGGAAUAUGCUCCGCACCACGGAGCAACCUUGGCUGAAGGAUCAUGUCAUCACGGACCUUGUCAUCCUUCCUGGUGUGGGAUAUCUAACAGCUGUAGUGGAAGCAUCUUUACAGCUCGCCGACCCCAGUCAAAAAGUCGCCGGAUUGAGGCUCAAGGAGGUGUCUCUGAAGCGAGCUCUCAUAAUUCCUGAAGGAAAGGAGGGCGUAGAGGUCAUCCUGUCCUUCACACGAAUGGACGAGGCCAGUCUUCAGGGCUCAGCAAUCUGGAAGCGCUUCAAUAUGUCAAGCUACGAUGCCAUCAACGAAGAUUGGGUCGAACACUGUACUGGUUAUGUGGCCACAGACUACGAGACUGCGAACAAUCCCAUCGACGAAGGGUUGGAGGCUCGAGAAGAGAAGGCCCACCUGGCUAAGCAUCUUGCAGCAGCCAGGGAAACAUGUUCCGUUCCACUAGACAUGAGCAGAACAUACGAAGACUGGGUUAAUGCUGGUAUUGGACUCGGAUCUCUCUUCAGAAAUCUGUCUGAUGUAAGGUGCACACCGGACAUGUCAAGAGAGGCAUACGGAAUUGUUACUGUUCCGGACGUGCAGGAAACUAUGCCGAGCAAGUUUUUACACCCCCAUCUAAUCCAGCCCGCAACUAUGGAUGCCUUCAUGCAUCUCUUCAUUGUAUCUGUCGUUGAUGGGAACAAGCGAAAAACACUUGAUCGUGCCAUAGUCCCAACCUUGUUGAAGGAGGUUUGGAUUUCAGCGAAGGUUGGCAAAGCGCCAGGAGAAAAAUAUGUCGGCCACGGAAAGUCCACACUCUUGGCAUACGACAAGUUCGAAAGUGAAGUCACUAUCUGGGACGAGUCUAGCGAAGAACCUCUAUUCACGGUCAGAGGAAUCCGCAGCUCUCCUCUUGACUCGGCCGAGACUUUCAAGAAGGAACGGAAGCUUUGUCACAGCGUUAUCACUCCUCUUGAUCCAGACCUUCUUACGAAAGAAGCCCUUGAUGUGACUGACCUUGAACCUCACGACAAGGCAGUUGCGUAUAAAGCGUGGAUCGAAAAGUGGCAGCUAGCCACAGUGUUAAGGGUCACAGAUGCACUUCAAGAAAUCCAGGAUCCUAGGUUCGACACCAAUGUCAUCGAAGGCCAUUUCGUCAACUACUACGAGUGGAUGAAGCAAGUCAAGACUUGGCUAGACAAUGACGAAGUGCGACUCCUGAAGUUGAGCAAGUGGCAGGAAUACAACGCCGAUCAAGCGCUCAAAGAGGCACUUUAUGACGAAGUUGACAAUGAUGGGCCAAUGGGGAAGCUCGCCAUGCGAAUGGGAUCCAACAUUGUCAAAGUUCUGAAGAAGGAGGUCGAUCCCCUUCAUCUGAUGUUUGGCGUUGACGACUUGCUGGAUCGCGUGUACUCAGACCUUGUGGCACUUGGUGAUCUACCAACAUAUAAUCGCGCCUUCCUCAACGCAGUCAAAGAAAGCUCAACAAAUCUUCAUAUUCUUGAGGUUGGUGCCGGAGUUGGAAGUUCAACCGUGCCGGUACUUGAAGCUCUUGCACCCCUAGGUGGCGAGAAUAAGGACGCCUUGAGUCUCGAUGACUUACGAAUUUCGAAAUACACCUUUACUGAUGUCUCGGCUAGAUUCUUCGACAAGGCAAAGGACAAAUUUAAAGCACAUGAGUCCAUCAUGGAAUUCAAGACUUUCAACAUCGAAACUGGCGGUGAUAAACAAGGUCUUGCUCUAGGCUCAUACGACUACGUAUUUGCUGGAAAUGUCGUGCAUGCUACGCAGGACUUACGAAAGACGCUUUCUAAUCUGCAAAAGAUGCUGAAACCCGGUGGUAAGCUUGUCCUCCAAGAGGGUGUCAGACACGAUGACUUUGGAUGGAGCAUCGCCUUCGGGCAACUACCUGGAUGGUGGCUCGCCGUCGAACCUGAGAGAAAGUGGAGUCCGUGGAUUCCAAUCCCCUUGUGGGAUACGAUGCUGAAAGACGCUGGUUUUGGAGGUGUCGAGCUCAACCUAGCAGAUCGGCAUGACCCUGACUUGCACUCACAGUCUGUUAUCGUGGCACGUGCAGAGAAGGUCGAAUCCUCGCCCCAGUGGGAGAAGGUCUUCAUCAUUAACUCAUCUCGGGAGGAGGGCGGUUUUGCUUCGAAAUUGCGUGAUUACCUCACUCAAAACCUGAAGCUUUCAGACUGCACAGUGCUCCACUACCUGGAUAUUUCCAGUACAGAUGUGAGCCAGAGUGUCUGUCUCUCCGUCAUAGAGCUGGAGAAUGAAAUCCUGUCAAGCCCGUCUGAGGAGGAUUUCAUCAAUAUCAGGCAACUUUUGAUAACCAGUGGUGCCUUACUUUGGAUUACCGGCGACACAGUAGCUCAUCCUCAUCUCAACAUGAUCACGGGCCUGAUUCGCACGGUAAGAUGGGAACGUGAUAUUGAGGAGGCAAAUCUCGCGAUCCUUUCUAUCCAGGAGCCUGCACUACAAGAAGACCAACUUCUGUCCUCUUUGGCCCGGCUCUUCAAGCAGCAAUUUGUUCAACACCUCCCUCAGGAAAAAGCCAACAGCGAAUUCACUCUCACUUCUACUGGUAGCUUCCGCACUAACCGUCUGGUCGAUGCUGAUGUUGCCAAUGAAUAUUUGACAUCUCGCUUGAGAAGCCCCCUUCCUGUCCAACAGCGCCUUGGCGAGGCAGGUCGCCCAUUGAAGCUUGCUACAUCAUCUCCAGGGCAAUUAGACAAGCUCGAAUGGGUCACUGACGAGCUGUAUGACAAGCCUCUCGGAAGCACCGAGGUUGAGAUUGAUAUCAAGGCUGUGGGUCUCAACUUCCGUGACUUACUUGUAGCUAUGGGUGAAUACAUGGCUACAAGCAUGGGAUUUGAGGCAACAGGUAUCGUCACACGUGUUGGGCCUGGGGUUACUCGUAUACAACCUGGAGACAGAGUAGCCUUCAUGUGCAGCAUCGCUGAGGCUGGAUGUUUCCAGACCUACGGCAGAACCGAAGAGAGAACCACCGUCAAGAUUCCCGACAGUGUGAGCUUUCAGGCUGCUGCGGGUUUGCUCUGCGUCUACUGUACCGUCAUGUAUGGUCUGGAAAAUGCUGCCGGACUCCAAAAAGAAGAGACCAUCCUCAUUCAUGCAGCAGCCGGGGGUGUUGGCCAAGCCGCGAUACAUUAUGCCAAAUACGUGGGCGCCGAGAUUUAUGCCACUGUGUCUACCCCUGAGAAACGAGAGUUACUAAUCAAUGAGUACGGUAUCCCCAACGAACGCAUCUUUAGCAGCCGAGAUGCCACAUUCGUGAAGGGAAUCAAGAGGGCGACAAACAAUCGUGGCGUAGACGUUGUUCUCAAUUCGCUAGCAGGCGAGUUAUACCGCCGCUCGUGGGACCUUGUAGCUCCCUUGGGCCGUUUCGUGGAGAUAGGGAAGAAGGACGCUCAGUUGAACGGUCGUAUCAGCCUUGGGCCUUUCCUCCGUAACGUCACGAUGACCAGCGUUGAGCUCCCGACCGUUAUGCGCCAUAAGCCCAACGUUGCACUCAACCUCAUGGAGAGAACGAUGCAGCUUUUCAGCGAAGGCCACAUUGGAGAAGCAAAGCCCACCAAGGUCAUGUCCUUCUCAGAGAUAUCCGACGGAUUCCGAGUCCUGCAAUCCGGAAAAGGUAUUGGCAAAAUGGUUUUUGUGCCUCGAUCAGAUGAUCUUCUACCUAUUGUACCGCUCCAGCCUCCUCCCUGUGAGCUCAGUGCCGAUGCCACAUACAUCCUAGCAGGUGGUCUAGGCGGUAUUGGCCGAAGCUUAGCGAGAUGGAUGGCAGACAAGGGCGCUAAACAUCUCGUUUUCCUGUCCCGAAGUGGCCAAAUCAAGGGAGAUGCAGAGGACAUGGUUGCUGAACUGAAGCAGAAAGGUUGCGAGUCGCAUGUCAUGAAAUGUGACACCAGUGAUGCCGCACGGAUGAAGGAGGUGCUAAAUGAGUGCCAGAAGACUCUGCCUCCUAUCAAGGGCUGCAUCCAAGGCUCUAUGGUCCUAGACGAUAGGAUGUUCGAGAAUAUGUCGCAUGGGACAUACAUGACUGCCGUACGACCCAAGGUUCACGGCUCCUGGAACCUCCAUAAUCUUUUACCACGGGAUAUGGACUUCUUCGUCCUGCUAUCGUCAGCUGCAGGCACGAUUGGAAACAGAUCCCAAGCAAACUACAACGCCGGCAACGUCUUCCAAGAUGCCUUAGCAAGACACCGCAUUACCAACAAUCUUCCAUGCUCUGUUCUCGACCUCGGUACCGUCCUCGGUGUGGGCUACGUUGCCGAGCACCAGAAUGCAGACAUGAUGUCGAAGAUUUCCGGUGCGGUGCACGAAGCAAUCCGUGAAGAGGAGGUCCAACACUUGGUGGAGUAUCUCAUGGAUCCUCGCUCCAAAUUGACUCCUACCACAGGCCACCUGGUUUCUGGUGUCACUCCGGCUGCCAACUUCCGUCAGGCGGGCAUGCCAGUGCCGACAUAUCUUUCCAAUCCAAUCUUCACCCAUCUUCGCGCUGAGAAUCACGCCGGAUCAGGAACUUCAGAUCGGCCGGGAUCCGACGGCAUGCUGAAGAUACAGGCUCAGCUGGCCAGCGCGACGACGGUGGAAGAAGCAGCUGCGGCGGUGCUGGAAGCUAUGCGAACAAAGCUCUCUGCACUCUUGGCGACACCAAUCGACAACAUCAACCCAUCCAAGUCGGUCAGUUCCAACGGAAUUGACAGUUUGAUUGCAAUGGAGUUCCGUACUUUCCUUGUCAAGACCUUGGGAGCCGAUAUCCCACUUCUAGACAUCACAGGAACUGCCAGUGUCACGGCUUUGAGUGUCAAGGUUGCGAGUACCAGUAAGAUAACUCAGAUCCAGGUCCAGGAGUCAAGCAAACCUUGA